AUGAAACAACGUUUUAUCCGUCAAUUUGCAAAUAUAAUGUCUACUUCAAAACCGAAAUUUGUCGCAAACAAAUAUUUCACCUCUAAUACGGCGAAAGAUGUUUGGUCAUUGACUAAUGAGGCCGCUGCACAGGCAGCCAAUAACUCCAAGAACCAAGGUCGUGAGCUGAUUAACUUGGGUCAAGGCUUUUUUUCAUAUUCUCCACCUCAAUUUGCUAUAAAGGAAUGUCAGAAAGCCCUAGAGAUUCCAUUAGUCAAUCAAUACUCUCCAACUAGAGGUCGCCCAUCUUUAAUCAACUCAUUGAUUAAAUUGUACUCCCCCAUUUAUAAUAAAGAUCUGACAACAGAAAAUGUUACAGUAACUACUGGAGCCAAUGAGGGUAUACUUUCUUGCUUAAUGGGGCUUUUGAAUGCUGGCGACGAAGUUAUUGUUUUUGAGCCAUUUUUUGACCAAUAUAUUUCAAAUAUUGAACUGUGUGGCGGAAAAGUAGUUUAUGUCCCUAUUAAUCCUCCAAAGGAGCUGGACCUGAGGAAUACUAGGGGUGAAGAAUGGACCAUUGACUUUGAACAAUUCGAGAAGGCAAUUACGCCCAAGACAAAGGCCGUCAUUAUCAAUACUCCUCACAAUCCAAUUGGAAAAGUCUUUACUCGCGAGGAACUUACCACUUUAGGUAAUAUUUGCGUCAAACACAAUGUUAUCAUCAUCUCUGAUGAAGUCUACGAACAUUUGUAUUUCACUGAUUCCUUCACAAGAAUUGCCACAAUUUCUCCAGAAAUUGGGCAAUUGACCUUAACCGUUGGUUCUGCUGGAAAGUUAUUUGCUGCUACUGGUUGGAGAAUUGGCUGGGUUGUAUCCUUGAAUGCAGACUUGCUAAGCUAUGUAUCUAAGGCGCAUACAAGAAUAUGUUUUUCAUCUCCAUCUCCAUUACAGGAAGCUUGUGCAAACUCUAUUGACGAUGGCUUGAAAAUCGGCUAUUUCGAGAAAAUGAGACAGGAAUACAUCACUAAGUUCAAGAUUUUUACAUCAAUUUUUGAUGAGUUGGGAUUACCUUACACUGCCCCUGAGGGUACAUAUUUUGUUCUCGUUAAUUUCUCUAAGGUUAAAAUUCCUAAGGACUAUUCAUAUCCAGAGGAAAUCCGGGAUAAGGGAAAAGAUUUCCGCAUUUCCCACUGGUUGAUUAAUGAACUGGGCGUUGUUGCUAUUCCUCCCACUGAAUUCUACAUUAAAGAGCACGAAAAAGCUGCUGAAAACUUGUUAAGGUUUGCAGUCUGUAAAGAUGAUUCUUAUUUAGAAAAGGCUGUAGAGAGAUUAAGACUACUUAAGGAUUACUUAUAA